UCGAUCGAUUUGUCAUCAAAUCAAUUAAAAUCUCAAACAACUCUCCUUCGUCCGAUCUCACACACAAAAUCAGCAAAACUCCCAAAGGAAGACAAAAGAAACAAAAGAAGACAUGAAUAGUUCGAAGAUUCUGUGUCUGGUUAUGAUUAUGCACUUGUUCUUCACUUCUCAUCUCUCCUUUGGACACGCACUUGUUCAUGGAGACGGGAUUGAAGGUUCCAGUAUUGAUGCUGUUUCAACCAGAAAGGGAAUUGAUGACGACACUGCAAUGGUCAGAGGAAGAAAACUGAUGAAUGGGGAUCACAAUGGCGUGGAAAGUGAAAAUGUUGAAGAGUUUGGCAAGAAGAUGACAAAGAUGAUGCCGAAGAACACACCAAUCGCAAAGACAAAGGCAAGAGAAAGUGUUGAUGAGGAUGGACUUGUUGCCUACACUGCUGAUUAUUGGAGAGCAAGGCACCAUCCCCCCAAGAACAACUGAACCCAUUCACACAUAUCAUGAAGAGAAAAUUCUCUAUAUAUGAAUAUGUAUAACAUAUAUAUAUAUAUAUAUAUAAGAUGGAAAAAAUAUAUAUGAAAUAUCAUAUGGGUUUUGUCUUGUAGUAGCAUAUCUUCUGAUAUGCUCAGCUUUUUCACUUGAAUUUUCCUUAAACUAUAUACAAGUGUGUUGUUGUUGUUUCCUCUGUUGUGCAAUGCAAAAACAUAUGUUUAAUAUUA